ACGACACUCGCUUUCCUCCCAACACCCACCACGUCGACCGAACAUAGGCUGCGAAACCUCGUACCACCCACCAGAAGUGUCAAUUCCUCAUGCAUCGACCGAAGACUCUCGCAGCGGGCGAGGCCACCCCGGCGAAGCCCGCGGCGCGUCUGUAUGGUGGCACUCCUCAGUCGACUGAACGUCUCAUCAAGCCCUUCCGAUGUCCCGGCUCAGCAACAGUAUCCAGUGUCUCCACGAAGCCUGCAAGGAAGAGGAGGAAGGUCGAUUAUUCUGGUGCUGGAGGCGAAGAUGGAGAGAGCGAUAAGCCAUACUCGAAUGAAGACCGGUUAGCCCUCGCCACACGAGAUGCAAACCGAUUUCCCGUUUUCAAGCCCAAAGACAAAGAUACCGCGUUCAGAACCAAGUUCAUCGUUCCUUUAGUCAACAAGGAUGUUGGAGCCUACAAUCCGAAUCGACCGGCGCCGCUGCUGGGUAUGCGAACCGGAACCGUCUUUAUUGCGCGACCACUGCACGACCCUAGUGGAGAGUUCGCGAUAGUACUGUACGAUCCUACGGUUGAUGAUAAGCCGAUACCGAAGGAAGAGGCGGAACCGAAGCUGAGUCAGACGGAGAAGAAGGAGAUGGAGGCGCCGCUGGUACACAAGAGUUUGGCGGAGAUACUGGGGUUGAAGAAGAAGGUGGAUAAUGACCGACCGCGCGUGCCAGUCGUCAUAGAUCCAAGACUUGCGAAGGUUCUGCGACCGCAUCAGGUCGAAGGUGUCAAGUUCUUGUAUAGAGCUACGACGGGUAUGAUCGAUCCCAAGGCGAACGGGUGCAUCAUGGCAGAUGAGAUGGGUCUUGGAAAGACGCUGCAGUGUAUCGCGCUCAUGUGGACACUACUCAAGCAGUCACCCGAUGCCGGCAAGUCAACGAUACAGAAGUGCGUCAUCGCUUGCCCUUCGAGUUUGGUGAGGAAUUGGGCGAACGAGCUUAUCAAGUGGCUCGGGAAGGACGCUGUUACACCCUUCGCAAUCGACGGCAAGGCAUCGAAGGAGGAGCUCAUCCAGCAAAUACGGCAAUGGUCGAUCGCAUCCGGGCGCGCAGUUGUCAGACCUGUCCUCAUUGUGUCGUACGAAACGCUACGACUCUACGCCGACGAGUUCGGACAGACACCCAUCGGCUUGAUGCUUUGCGACGAGGGACAUCGCCUGAAGAACGGUGAUAGUUUGACGUUUACCGCGCUCAACAACCUGAACGUGCAGAGGAGAGUUAUUCUUUCUGGUACACCCAUUCAGAACGAUCUAUCAGAGUACUUCGCGCUGCUUAACUUCGCCAACCCCAACUACCUUGGUACACGCAUGGAGUUCCGCAAGCAUUACGAGAUUCCCAUUCUGAAAGGUCGCGAUGCGAACGGAACGGAUGAGGAUGUCAAGAAGGGUACGGAGCGGCUCACCGAGCUUCUCGGCCUGGUCAACAAGUUCAUCAUCCGGCGAACCAACGACAUUCUCUCCAAGUACCUGCCAGUCAAGUACGAGCACGUCGUCUUCUGCAACCUGGCGCCUUUCCAGAAGGACCUAUACAACCACUUCAUCAAGUCACCCGAUGUCCAGAGUCUGCUCCGCGGCAAAGGCUCGCAGCCGCUCAAGGUCAUUGGCAUGCUCAAGAAGCUGUGCAACCAUCCCGACCUACUCAACCUACCAGAAGACUUGCCAGGCUGCGAAGACAAGCUACCAGAAGAUUUUGUGCAAAAGGACGCGCGAGGCAGAGAUCGCGAAGUCAAGACAUGGUACUCCGGCAAGAUGGCCGUCCUAGACCGCAUGCUCGCCCGCAUCCGCGCCGAAACCAACGACAAAAUCGUCCUCAUCUCUAACUACACGCAAACCCUCGACAUCUUCGCUAUGCUAUGUCGCUCACGCGGCUACGGCUGCUUCCGGCUCGACGGCACGAUGAACGUGAGCAAGCGCCAGAAGCUCGUCGACAAAUUCAAUGACCCCGAAAGCCCCGAAUUCGUCUUCCUCCUUUCCUCCAAAGCUGGUGGUUGCGGUCUCAACCUCAUUGGCGCGAAUCGCCUCGUCCUCUUCGAUCCUGAUUGGAACCCCGCUGCCGAUCAACAAGCCCUUGCGCGUGUAUGGCGUGACGGGCAGAAGAAAGAUUGUUUCGUGUACCGCUUCAUCACCACUGGUACUAUCGAAGAGAAAGUCUUCCAGCGCCAGUCCCAUAAACAGUCUCUAUCGUCUUGUGUCGUCGACAGCGCUGAGGAUGUUGAACGCCAUUUCUCACUUGACUCUCUCCGCGAGUUGUUCCAGUACCGCGACAAUACCACGAGUGAUACACACGACACAUUCAAGUGUAAGCGCUGUAGGAAGGAAGAUGGAAGGCAAGUGGCGAAAGCCCCUGCGAUGCUGUAUGGUGAUACGAGUACGUGGAACCACUUUGUCAAUGAUGGCGAGACGGGGCCCUUGGGCAAGAUUCAGGAUCUUUUGCUUAGGCAGGAGACGAGCGAUGGGUUGAAGGAUGUUAGUGCUGUGUUUCAGUAUAUUAGUCAUUGAGUGAGUGGUGGAUGUUGCUUGCAUAGUCUUUCAAAGUUUCUAGCGUUCAUAAAGCGUGGUGUUAAGAUGGGCGGCGUUAGGUAGUGGGUUAUGAUAAUGAAAUAUGAUAUUGUUA